CCUGGAAAAGUUAAAGCCGAUUCCAAAGGCGCGGCGGGCGGGGGAGCCCAGGGACCCAGCCUUGGCCGGAAGCCCGUUCACAGUCCCCGCAGGGGGCGUUGGCUGAGAGCUCAGGGGCCCCAGGGACCCAUCGGGACCUAGCCCUCCCGCCAGGCCAUGGAGCCCUCCGGGCUCCUCGUGACCGGCGCCUCCUUCGCCGCCUUCCGGGGGCUGCACUGGGGGCUACAGUUGCUGCCCACGCCGGGAUCUGCUGCCCAGGACCGUUGGAAGUGGCGGAACAUCUGUGUCUCCCUGGUGCACAGCCUGCUGACGGGGGCCGGGGCGCUGCUCGGGCUGUCACUGUACCCUCAGAUGGCCGCGGACCCAAUUCAUGGCCACCCACCCUGGGCCCUGGCGCUGGUGGCUGUAUCUGUGGGUUAUUUCCUGGCUGAUGGAGCAGACAUGCUGUGGAACCAGACAUUGGGUCAGGCCUGGGAACUUCUCUGUCACCAUUUGGUGGUAGUGAGCUGCCUCAGCACUGCCAUUCUGUCUGGCCACUACGUGGGCUUCUCUGUGGUGUCUUUGCUCCUGGAGCUGAACUCCACCUGCCUGCACCUACGAAAGCUGCUGCUGCUUUCUCACCAGGCCCCAUCCCUGGCCUUCAGCGUGACUAGCUGGGCCACUCUGGCUACCCUAGCUGUCUUCCGCCUGGUACCACUGGGGUGGAUGAGUCUGUGGCUAAUCCGGCAACACCGCCAGGUGCCUCUUGCUCUGGUCAUCCUUGGUGGAACUGGACUGGUGACUGUGGGUGCCAUGAGCAUCACACUGGGUGUCCGCAUCCUAGUCAGUGAUGUCCUGAGAUCUCGGCCCCACCCACCCAUCCCUGGACACAAGGAAACCAGAGGCACCAGGACAUGUUGUGAUGGUGAGCCUGUCACCAGGGUUGAUUCCACUCUCAGCCUGAGAGACUGAAGAGGAGCCUCAGGCUCCUCUUCUGCCAGCCCUGGGGGAGGUAGGACCAGGACAGGAGAUGGUUGUCUUCAGUGCACAGUCUCCCAGGGGUAAGAACUGGGCCAGAUCUUCAGUUAUCUCAGUUCCUCUUCCAGGUAACUCAGUCCCUCCCCCAUUCCUAGGAUCUGAGAAGAACUAAUAUUCAUGGAUGGUUGGGAACUUGUUAUUUGGGAACUUGCUAUUGUUAACAGAAUCCCAUCACCAGAUGACUGCCCUUUCCAGCACACUAACUUAAGAGGUAAAGCCUGUGCUACCAAUAAAGGGUGGUAGGAGGCAGGAAGCUGAUGAAACUGCCAGUGGGAACAGAAACUCUUUGCUUUAGCACAGGAACAGAUGAGGAAAGAUGAAGUCACUAGGAUCAGAGAGCUCUGGUAAGGAAGGGGUGGGACCAGAGGGAAGAGCGACCUCACCUAUAACCAAAUUUUGGCAGUUGGCAGAGGACACAGCAGGUUCUAUGUAUAGCUAGUAGGGAUGGACAUAACAGUUGCCGAGAGACAGAGGAAAUCGGACCACAACAAUUGCUGGUGAUAUUUUUGGUUCUCAAAGCCAUACUAUUCUGUUUGUACUUAACCCUAGUCCUACUGUGUGCAACAUCUUCCCUUUAAACAUUUUUAGUGUCUUCUGAUGUUUUCAAAGGAAAUACAGAUUCUUAGAGGAAUGAGCACAGGGCUAGGUCUGUUUUCUCAGAACUGUAAUGAAGUCCAGAGCCAUAGCAGGAACUCAACCACCCAAUCUGGGUGCCUGGAGUAGGGUCUUCCCAGACCCAGACAUUAAUGGAAGAAUGAAGGUAGAGGCAGAAGGAGAUGAAGAAAGGCUUCCACUUGGCUGCAGAGGAAUUAAGGAAUAUUUGACUCUCUUCUGGGAUUUAUCGCAAGUUCCCCUUUCUCCUCUGCUGCUUCUAUUGUUUGUGUGUGUGUGUGUGUGUGUGUGUCACACAAGACCCCUUCCUUCUUCAGGCAGAACUUCCAGAUUAUGGGAAGUGUAAACAGAUUAAGGCUGCUAUUCUAUUAAACAAUGGACAGAAAUCAGUAACCUUUAAUCAUCCACAGAAAAGAUACCUGAGCAAAAGCAAAAGACAGGAAGAUGAAAGCAAAAAAUCCUGUCAAAAAGCUGAGCUAGAGGGGGAGGAGGGUAUAGUUCAGUGGUAGAGUGCAUGCCUAGCAUGCAUGAGGUCCUGGGUUCAAUCCCCAGUAUCUCCGUUAAGUAAAAAAUAAAUAAAUAAACCUCCUCCCAACAAAAAUUAAAAAUAAAAAAAGAUAAAAUUUUAAAAAAGCUGAGCUAGAGAAAGACAAAAGGAAUGAGAGAUGCAGACAUAUAGGUUGAAGGACAGAUAAAAAGAAAGAUUUGUUGCAUAGAAGAGACAUAGAUGAAGAAAGAUGGAGGGCAAGACAGAAUCCUGGGCAGAAAUAUCAGGAAAAUCUGUUAUCAACACUGAGAAGAACAAAAAUCGUCUAGAAUUGGCUAAAUGGUCAUAAACAUGGAGGACAAGAAAAAUAGAAAUAGAGGCUGACAGGAAGGGACUCCAAAGGUGACAGGUACAGACAGUCUAGACAGUGGAAGCGUGUGAGUGAAUGACUAGGAGAAACCACCAGACUUGAGAGAGAGACAGAGGUAAUAGUGGCUGAUAGAUUAGCAGACCAGAGGAGAGAGAGGGGAAAUAGAGACAAGGGGGAUUAGUCAGGGGAGCUGAGAAGCAGAAGGACAGAAGGUGGAGGAGGCAGUCAAUAGAAAGAUUCAUUGACAGAAGAAGCAGGCAAUAUGUUGAGUUGGAGGCAGAAAGACAAAGGACAAACGGUCUCAGUGCAAAACACAGAGACAGGGGCUGACAGGAACUGAGAGUCAGAGACUGGUAGAAAGAUGAGGAGAAGUAAGAAUCAGGGAUGUGAAUUGACACAGAAGAAUAAGGGACUGAAGAGAAUCACAGAGAGAAACAAAGGGGCAGGGGGAAGGGCAGAACGAUGAAAUCAACAUCCAGAGGAAGGAACAGGGAGAAGACAGGAACACAGAGAUGGAGAGAGGACAAACCGCCAUAGAGCUGGGGGGGAAUGAGAGAGAGGCAUUGUGGGAUAUCCCCAUCAGAGAGUCGUUAAAACCAAGACACUAAGCAGGAAAAA